AUGGAUGCUGCACAGAUCUCGGCCUUGGUCACUGCAGCGGUGCAAGCAGCGCUUCAGAACCAAGACGUGAUCAACGCGAUACGUCCACCAGCAAGAGUGGUUCAAGCUGUUCCAUAUGCAGUCACACCAGCUGGAGCCGGCAACGAUGCCUGGGACUUUACCUCGUCGACAGGGCUUAAGAUCUUCAUGGCUUCAACAGCUCCGCUUCCAGUCCUUUAUGAUGGAAAGGAAUUCGGUCUUAGAGACUUUCUAAGGAAGAUUCUCCAGCGUGCAGAAUCCUAUGGAUGGACGGCGAUCUUUAUGGUUCCAGAUGGUACAGGAACUGUGAAGAACAUGACCACACAGUAUGGGAGCCUCACUCUUGCAAAUGUUCAAGCUCACGCAAUCACUUACCUAAGGCUCCCUCGGAGGGAACAACAAGCAUCGGCUUGCCUCAGGAAACUCAUCAUGGGAUCAAUCACUCCCAAGCUCGCUAACAGACUCUCGUCUCGCAGCAACAACUACAACGUCAACAUUGCAGCAGUCCCUGCGCCUGGCGUUGCAGCAGCAGCUCCGGACAUCAAGGAAGAUGGUACCUGUAUGCUGUUCGAAUUGAUUAGCAUGGUCUCAGUGGAGACGAUAGCCACAGUGGCAAUCCUCAACAAGAAGCUCAUCAAUCUAGAGCACAUCAUGGAGGAAGCCAAAUCCGACAUAGAGGAGUUCAACUUCGUGGUGGAGGAUUUGAUUUCUCAACUCGAAGCGAGGAGCACAGCACCUCCUCCAAUGAUUCACAGUCUGUUCGAAGGGUAUGCCAACUGUGCGGACUCCACCUUCACCAAGUACAUCGCCUUCAAACAGAUGUGUUACGAGGAUGGUACCAUCCAGAUUGACUACGAGUCACUCAUGCACAUGGCUGGAGAGAAAUACAAGGCGCUCGUACGCAAGAACCAAUGGAUGCAGAAGACUGAUGAGCAACUGGAGAUCAUUGCUCUCAAGUCGGAGAUCAAGGGACUCAAGGCAAGGCCAUCUGCAACGACGCCCACAAAAGCACCUGUCAAGAAAGAACAGAAGCAGAGUUACGGUGAUAAGUUCGCGUGGAAACUCGUGGAACCCAAGGGCGACGAACCAAAGGAAAAGACAGUGAACAACAAGACAUAUAUUUACUGUCCUUACCACGACACAACCAAGUGGGUCCUCAAGGUCAAUGACAAAGGAAUAGACCACCGCACCGGUUGUACCAAGAAGAAGGAUGCCAUGGCCGCAGCUGCCAUGAACAAGGAAGAAGAUUCCACUGAGGCAGCGUUGGCUGGAGCUAUAGAAGACGUUGGAACUGCCGGAGUGGAGAUGAAUCCCUGA